AUGGUACAAGCCUGCUUGGUGUGCUCCAGAGUUCAUAACGGCAGCCUGACAGCCCGGGCAGCCAGAGCAGAUAUGGACCAGAUGGCCAAGCCCAGUCCCUCUACCAAGAAGCACAUGCGUCUUCAGGAGAGGAGAGGCUCCAAUGUGUCGCUGAUGUUGGACAUGAGCUCGCUGGGGAGUGUGGAGCCCAUCCAGCCUGUCUGUACACCUCGGGACAUCACACUGAAGUUCCUGAGGACGUCCAGCCAUGUGCUGAGGAGAGAGGAGCUCCAGCAACAUGCCCAGAGCCUGGCACAGCUCCAGGAGGAGUUUUCGAAAAUCCCACCCAACUUCGUCAGUCCAGAGGAGCUGGAGAUCCCUGGACGUGCCUCCAAGGACAGAUACAAAACCAUCCUCCCCAAUCCUGAGAGCCGAGUCUGUCUCAGGAGGGCAGGGAACCAGGAGGAAGACAGCUACAUAAAUGCCAACUACAUCACGGGCUACACAGGGCAGCCCCGGGAGUACAUUGCCACCCAGGGACCCAUGCUGAACACUGUGACUGACUUCUGGGAGAUGGUGUGGCAGGAGGAGGCGCCCCUCAUCGUCAUGAUAACCAAGCUCCAGGAGCGCAAAGAGAAAUGUGUCCACUACUGGCCCGAGAAGGAGGGCAUCUAUGGCCCCUUCACCCUCUGCGUGCAGGCGGUGAGCGAGUGUGUGGAGUAUGUGGUCCGAGAUCUCUCCAUCCAGCUUGAAGGUGAAUGCCGGCAGGUCAAACACAUCCUCUUCCCUUCCUGGCCGGACCAGCAGACACCUGAAUCAGCCAAGCCCCUGCUGCACUUGGUGUCCAAGGUGGAGGAGACUCUGCAGGCUGCAGCCAGCCCAGGGCCCAUCAUUGUGCACUGCAGUGCAGGCAUCGGCCGGACGGGCUGCUUUAUUGCUACCAGGAUUGGCUGCCAGCAGCUGAAGGACAAGGGAGAGGUGGAUAUCCUGGGAAUCGUGUGCCGUCUCCGCAUAGACAGAGGCGGGAUGAUCCAAACGAGCGAGCAGUACCAGUUCCUCCAUCAUACACUAGCUCUCUAUGCUUCCCAGCUGCCGGAG